GAGCUUUGGAAGUUACAGAAGUGCUGUAUUGGAGCAAAGGAAAGCCGUCGUUGUUCUGAGAGCUAAGUUGUAUUUCUAGUAGCUUGAGAGAUGGCGAAUGUCCUAUUAGGCAUGCCAGGACCAUGGGCUGAUGAUGUUUGUGAAUCAGCUGAUCAUUAUACAACAAAAAUCGGUGGACUACCUGAUUGGCCCCUUCCUAAGGAAUCCGUGCCACCAAAACUGCUGGAGUGUAGUGCUUGUGGAAGUAAACUAUGUCUUGUUGCGCAGGUUUAUGCUCCAGUUUCAAGUAAAGACUUACAAGUUGAAGAGCGUGUUAUUUUUGUCUUUGGUUGUCUGAUGACAAAGUGUGGGAGCACUCCUCUUAGCUGGCGAGCUCUUCGUCUUCAAAAACUGGACAAUGCGGAGCAAUCAAAUACCACUUCUGAGGGAGUGGAGCCUCUGGCUUCACCACCUGUAUCAGUUUCAAACAAAAGCUGGUGGGAGGAUUUGGAUGAUGAAGAUGGAGAUAUUGAUUUGGAGGAGUUGGGUAAAGCACUUAACGAUGCUGCGAGCUUAGCUUCUAGUACCAAAAAACCACAUGCCAAUGAAUGUAGUAAGCCUGUUGCAAAACCAUCACCUUCAAGUCAGUUGGAAAAAGUUGUAGACGCUAAUACACCUGUGCUGCCUUGUUUUUAUUUAUACACCCAAGAAGAGCCAUCUUCAAAGGACCUUACAUCUAUGUGUUCAAACUACUCAUCACUUUCCAUUAAAAAUAACUCAAAUGAUGAGGAUGAUCAUGCACAAAGUGAAACAUGGGCGGAGGAAGCCUAUGAAUAUGAUAAAGCUUUGACAGCUGACAGGACAUACCUUAAGUUUAAGAAACGAUUGGAUGCAAACCCAGAACAAUGUUUCAGAUAUUCAUACGGUGGAAAUCCAAUCCUAGCUACACAAGCCGAAGGCGACCCUGGGAGAUGUGCAUUGUGUGGUGGAUCAAGGCACUAUGAAAUGCAGCUAAUGCCUCCAUUAUUAUAUUUUCUACAAGGAACUGCGGAGGAUUGCCAAAGACAGUCACUGGAGAACUGGAACUGGAUGACACUUACAGUAUAUACUUGUUCACAGAGCUGUUCAAAACAUUUUGAUCAAAGAAAUUCCAACAUCGGGAACUGGCUCGUGACAGAGGAAGCUAUUCUUGUACAACAAGAGCAAUCCUUUCCUGGGGCAGCCGAACAAAGCUAUUUAUCUUAAUUUGUAUUUCUUCUAGGAAAGAAGACACGGUACAAUCGAUAUGAGGGUGAUUCAUCCCAGCCGCUGAAACUGUAUACAUAUGAGAGGGCAAUUGAUAGUGGUUAAUUUUUGUUCAUUGAGUAGAGCUCAGAAUUCUGAACAUGCCUGUAAAGAAUUUUGAAUGUGUUAUGUUCCGCCAUGAGUCUACAAGUCAUGCUAGAGUGUAUGCGAGUCUAUUUUAAGUCGUAUGGUUGUGUGAAAGGCGAGUGAGCAGUUAGUUCAGAGCUUCUACGACUACGAGGCAAGACCCUCAUCAUUUCGACAGAGUUUUACAAGUGAUUAGUAAAUGCAGGCAAGGAUUUGGCGGUUGGGUGGAUAGAGGUUUACAAGUGCUUGGUGGUUAAAACCUUUAAAUCUUUGGUGGCGGUGGAAAAGUGCUGGGAGGUAUGAACAAACAGUAAGCGUGAGGAGAGUUGAAAUGGUGGUUUGAACUUACACAGGCCACAGUUGCCGUGUGGAUUUCGCAAAGAGAAAUGUUAUUAAUUGGGGUCAUAUGUUUUGAUGAUACUCUUACCACACCGAGCAUUUUGUAUCCUUAUAGUGAAUGUAAAGAGG